AUGAGGAGCAGCAAGAUUGUUGAGAGCAUCUUGCACAAGAAGAUCCAGCAAUCUGGGAGUAGACCUAGGAGAGAGGAUGGAGCAGGAGACCAGUGGGAUUCUGUGAAUAGAGAAGUUUAUCAUGCCUUUACUUCUGUAGAGUCUGGAGUGCUCAUGGCUAUGGCCUUGGACCGUUAUGUGGCUAUCUGCUUCCCACUUCGUUACUCUAGUAUCCUGACCCCCUCUGUAGUGGGGAAACUGGGGGCGGCUGUGAUGAUGAGAGGGCUGUUAUGGGUGAGCCCCUUCUGCUUUAUGGUCGCCAGCAUGCCCUUCUGCCCCAGCCAGGUCAUUCCUCAGUCAUACUGUGAGCACAUGGCUGUGCUGAAGUUGGUGUGUGCUGAUACAAGAGUAAAUCGUGCAUACGGGCUCUUUGUGGCCUUCUCCGUGGUUGGCUUCGAUUUGAUUGUCAUCAGUGUAUCCUAUGUGAUGAUCUUGAGGGCUGUGCUGGGGUUGCCCUCUAAGGAAGCCCAACUCAAGGCUUUUGGCACAUGUGCUUCCCAUAUCUGUGUCAUCUUGGCUUUUUAUAUCCCAGCCCUCUUUACUUUUCUCACCCACCGCUUCGGUCAUCAUGUGCCCCAAGUGGUUCACAUCAUGUUGGCUAAUCUCUAUCUACUGGUCCCUCCCAUGCUCAACCCCAUCAUCUAUGGAGUUAGAACCAAGCAAAUCAGGGACAGGGUUAUUCAAGGAUGUUGUGGGAAAGACCUAUGA